AUGCAAACCAUUCAGCAGUUCGGCAGAUUAUAUGGUGCCUUCAGAAGUGGACAGUAUUUGCUUCCCCAUGACGCGAAAGAGGGCGACCGGCUGGACAUGAUGCACACCAUGUUUAUGACGAUCAGAGACAAGGGCAACCGGCUCACAGAUUGCCCAACAGACCGGCUGAAACGGGAAGUUCGCGGAUGGCAGCAGCCGCCCAGGGUGCUUGACCUGGGCUGCGGAACGGGAACGUGGAUGCUCGAAAUGGCCCAACAAUUCCGCCAGGCCCAGUUUGUUGGAGUCGAUAUUCACCGCAUGGGACCGGCGAGAUUAGAGCCGAACGUCGUCUACACAGCGCCCUGGGACUACGAGGGCCCUUGGGCAUUGGGGGAAAGAUCCUGGGAUCUCAUCCACCUGCAGAUGGGGUUGGGGAGCGUCUCGAAUUGGCUGGCCCUCUACCAAAAGAUCCUCGACCAUCUCGUCCCGGGCACGGGCUACUUCGAGUCCGUGGAGCUCGAUUUCGAGCCCCGUGCUGAGGACGGGAAGGCCCACCCGGGCAGACUGACGGAUUGGUGGGACGUCUAUGUCAAGGGCUCCUACGAAGCCAUCGGCCGUCGCCUCCACUACGAUCCAGCCACACCAGAUAUCCUCGCGCGCUUGGGUUUCAGAGAGAUCGUCCACAAGGAAUACAAGAUUCCCUUAUACGAGCGGCAUGGGGACGCCGCCAAGGUCCGCGCCUCCAAAUGGUGGCAGAUCUCCAUGGGCUACAAUGCCGACGGCACGGGUGGCCAGGGUCUCGAGGCUCUCAGCCUUGCGCCGCUGUGCAAGUUCUCCAGCUGGUCCGCUGACCACGUCCGGCGGCUUUGCAAUGAAGCCAUGGCUCAAGCCAAGGACCCGAGCGUCCGCUUCUACAAUGUCCUGCAUGUCAUCACGGCAAGGGCACCUAGUGAAGAGGAAGUAAGAUGA